AUGAAAGUCGUUUAGAAUAGUUUCUUAUAGUUAAACGUAGAAAAUAUUUAUAUAAAUAAUUAAAGUGAGUAGGUUUAAUAUCCUGUUGUCUUUGCUUCAGAUAAGAAAAGUGUUGGAGAAAAUCCACCGCCCUUUGUUUUUGUUUAUCUAAAUUAAGAUAAUAAUUAAAACAAUAAUAAAUAAAAUAUUUAAAAUAAUAAUAUUAAUACAGAUUAAGAUAAAAAAAUGAUCACAUAAGACGAAGAUUAAGAAAAUAUUUAAGUUGAAUAAAAUUCCGAAUCAUUAAUUUAAUUUAAUUAGAAAUCUGAAUAAAACAAAGAAAAUAUUUAAUGGAUUAAUUCACUUUAAAUUUUCAUAGAUUAUUUCGAAAUUAAACUAGAUUAAUAAAUAAUUUAAACUAUUAUUUGUUUUAAAUCACAAUUAGAUAAACUUAUAUAUGAAAAUCCUGAAAAAAUCAAAAAGGAAGUUGUUAGAAUUUCAUAAAAUUUCCAAUUUUAAAAAUUAGAAACUUUCCUUUUAAAUAAUUUAAACCAAUCAACCACUAAUUAUAGAAAAUCUCUUUAUAUUAAAUAAUUGAAUUUUUAGCCUAUUUAUUUUUGCCUGACUUUGAAUAUGUCUGAUAAUAAAAAAAAAAAAUAAUAAGUUUCAGCAUUUUCACCUUUAUUAAUUUUCUCAUAAUUAGGACUUGAGCUAGUAUCUAUCGAUUAAGCAAAUAUAAAAUUAAAUGCAUUAAAUUAAUCUUUUUUAUAUAAUACACCAGAAAAUAUUAAUGCAAGGAUAACUAAACAUUAUACAACAUAAUUUAUUUAAGAAAUAUAUAAGAUUUUAGGCAGUUUUGAAGUUAUUGGGAAUCCUGUAAAACUUUUGAAUGAGAUUACAAUUAAUAUUCGUAAUUUAAUAUUAGAGCCUUUAAAAGCUUUAACUCAAGGUGAAGGAAGAUAAGCAAUUGGUAAAAUAGCUUAAGGAAUUUUCACAUUGAUAAAAAAUACUUUAUAUAGUUUAUAUCAGACUUUUAAAAGCAUUACAGGAUUAUUUACAAGAAUUUUAGUUAAACUAACUUUUCAUAAAAAAUAUUAAUAAGAAAGAUAAGUAAAAAUUAAUAGAUAAAUUAAAAGUUUACAUGAUGGAUUUGUUAUCGGCGGGAAAAAUCUAAUAAAUUCUUUCUAAGAUGCAAUUGUAGGAUUAUAUUAUAGACCAUUGAAAGGUUGUAAAAAUAGAUCUAUUUUAGGAUUUUUCUUAGGAAUUUAUUAAGCAAUUGCUUCUUUAUUUAUAAAACCGUUUGUUGCCGUUUAUGAUUACACAAUUAAUAUAUUUGAUGGAUUACUUAAUUAAGCUAUUUAUGAAGAACAUGUAAUGGAAAUAAGAAGUAGACCUCCUAGAUUAUUUUAAGAUAAAAUUGUUAAGUUUGAAUACUAGUUAGUUGUUGGAGUUGAUAUUAUGUAGAAACUUAAAAUAAAUCCUGAAAAAUAUGAAAGUAUAUUAUAUUAUGAUGAAAUAAAAAUAUCAGAAAGGAAUAUUAGAGAAGUUGUUUUAACUGAUUUAAGGCUAAUUUAUGCAAAAGUAAUUUUUCUUAAAUAAAAAUAUUUAUUUUUUUUAAAAAAAAAAGAAAAAUACUUAAUCUGA